CUGAUAGACGGCACUGACUGGCAUCACUGCUGGGCACUGACUGGCGGCACUGACUGGCACAACCCCUGGGCACUGACUGGCAGCACUGCUGGGCUGCACUGGUGGGUGGCACUGGUGGGCGGCACAGGUGGGUGGGCACAGGUGGGCGGCGCUAGUGGGCGCACUGCUGGGCACAGGUGGGUGGAACUUGCGGGUGGCACUGCUGGGCACCGAUCAUCAGGGCACUGAUCAUCAGUGUCCUGAUGAUCGGUGCCGAUCCCCGCUGUGACAACUGCCGGUUCUCGGCAGUACUUUCCUCACGAUCUGACAGCGUGAGGAAAGUGCAGCUGAGAACCGGCACUUGCAU